AUGGCUGAUGUUAAUUUUACAUUGGUUACUGAAUUUAUCCUUUUGGGACUGACAGGUCGUGUUGAACUGAAAAUGGCCCUCUUCAUGUUGUUCCUGUUGAUUUAUACCAUUUCCCUAGUGGGAAAUCUAGGAAUGCUCUUUCUAAUCUACAUAACUCCCAAACUCCACACACCCAUGUAUUAUUUCCUUAGCUGUCUGUCGUUUGUUGAUGCCUGCUAUUCGUCAGUUUUUGCACCCAAACUGCUGCUGAACUUCUUUGUUGAGUGGGAGACAAUCUCAUUCUCUGCAUGCAUUGUGCAGUAUUUUUUAUUUGUGUCUCUUCUUACCACUGAGGGCUUCUUGCUGGCCACAAUGGCCUAUGACCGUUACGUGGCCAUUGUGAACCCUUUACUUUAUACAGUGGCUAUGACCAAAACAGUUUGUAUUGUGGUCAUAUUUGGAUCGUGUGUGGGAGGUUUAAUCAACUAAUUGACACAUACAAUUGGCUUGCUGAAACUGUCUUUCUGUGGGCCAAAUGUCAUCAAUCACUUCUUCUGUGAUCUUCCCCCACUGUUGAAGCUCUCAUGUUCUGACACAUCCAUGAAUGAAUUGCUGCUUUUAAUCUUCUCCGGUGUUAUUGCCACGCUCACUUUUUUGACUGUGAUGAUCUCCUACAUCUUUAUUGUUGCUGCUAUCCUGAGGAUCCGCUCAGCAUCAGGUAGACAGAAAGCCUUCUCCACCUGCGCCUCUCACCUGACGGCUGUGACCUUAUUCUAUGGAUCGAUAAGCUUUAGUUACAUUCAACCAAGCUCCCAGUAUUCCUUAGAACAAGAAAAGGUGGUGUCUGUGUUUUAUACCCUGGUGAUUCCUAUGUUAAACCCAUUGAUUUACAGCCUAAGGAACAAGGAAGUGAAAGAAGCUGUGAAACGGGCUACAGAAAUGAAACAUUUUUCUUGUUAGUUUCAUAUUUCCACAUCCAAAACACAGACUACAAGCAGUGGUUUGUCUAAUGAUAUCUAUGAAGAUUUAGUAAAAUUUCAGUCCUACAGGAUACUUAAAUUUUAUUCAAUUGGAGUAUUGUGUUUUACAGUGGAAAAAAAAGACCAGAAAAGUGUGACAUAGGACACAUGGCUGGUUACUGUGUUCACUAACCUAAAAACCAGGCUAAGAUCUAAGGUAGUUAUCUCUAGGCAAUUGAUUACAUUUUCCUUCCUUUAUAUGA